AUGUCUGCGGCGCCCUCGUUUAACCCCGCGCCGAGCAAUGGCCUCCAUCCGCCUUUGCGCUCGGCUCUCAAGAGCGAUGACGAUGGCGACCGCCCUCCGCCCUCCAGCGGCUCCCUGAAAGAAUGGCACGAGUGGCCCUGCUCUGCGCUCAAUUCAACUCGUCGUUGUUCUGCUGAAACUCUACCUGCCUGUUGCCAAGAAAUGGAGUUCGCCCAUGAAACCGUGCCCUGGAAUGUAAGGAUGGAGCUCACAUGGAAAACAGCUGUGCAGAUUGCCGACACUGAGCCAGAGGUUCAACUGCUCGAGGAUGAGUCCCAGCCCAUGAGGCAGUUUCCCGCCGGCCCUAAGCGGCGCUUGAGUGGAAAGCUACCUCCAUGCCAGCUUCCCAAUGGCUCAUCCAGGUCUUCACUCAGUGAGAGCUCUGCGUCUAUUCGUCCUACCGAGGACACGUCUACCUCCUCUCCACAACAAAGCCAUCGCCGCCAGUACUACAGCGAGAAGCUGCUUGCUCAGGUUAACGACUGGCUGGAGCACGAGAAACGGAAGGCUACAGCUCGGAAGCCGAAGCCCCGCCGACGCAAGUCUAAGUCCCCUCCUAAGGGAGACGGACAAGACAGUGAGCGCCCUACCCGUGAGGACAAAGACCAGUCUCAGAAUGGCCGUGCCCGGUCAGAGUCUGUCGACUCCCAGUCGAGCGACAUCUCCUUUGAUCGACUCCAACGCAUUCUCGAGGACUCCAUGGCGCACAUGGGCUUCAGUUCAGUUCCGCACUUUAGCCCCAAGUUGACUCGCCCUCGACACCGCAAGUCAAGCUCACGCAACUCGUUGCGCGCUGCCUCAUCUGACACUGAUUAUGUCGACGGAGAUGCUAUUGUUCCUAGUUGUGAUGCCUGGCUUGACAACUCCAAGACCAUGAGCUACGGAGGUGGUGCUGCAGGCACAGAAGACGCCACCUCGGGCUCCGACUCCAAGGUCGAAAAGGAGCGCGAGGCUUGGCUGAGCUUCAAGAACGAGAUCAUUCGUAUCACCCAUACCCUGAGACUCAAGGGAUGGAGGCGAAUCCCGUUGGGCGGUGGUGACAGCAUCUCCGUUGAGCGUCUGAGUGGCGCUCUGACCAACGCUGUCUACGUCGUGAACCCUCCUGCCGACAUGGGCGAAGUUGAUGGCAAAGCUCCCCCGCCCAAAAUCCUCCUUCGCGUCUAUGGGCCUCAAGUUGAGCACCUGAUUGAUCGUGAAAAUGAGCUUCAGGUCCUGCAGAGGCUCGCCCGGAAGAGGAUCGGACCUCGUUUGCUAGGCACUUUCCAGAAUGGUCGUUUCGAGCAAUUUUUCAACGCCAUCACAUUGACACCCCUGGAUCUUCGCGACCAGUACAUAUCUAGACAGAUUGCCAAGCGUAUGCGCGAGCUCCACAUAGGCAUCGAUCUGCUGCCGCAUGAGAGACAGAAUGGGCCGAACGUGUGGAGGAACUGGGACCAAUGGCUAGACAAUGUCGAUCGGAUCACUACCUUCCUGGACAAUCAGUUCGAAAAGGAGACACAAACUACCCAACACGACUCCGUCCUCCACGCGUGGAAGAAUAGUGGCUAUGUAUGCGGUGCCCCUUGGCCGCAGUUCAAGGAGGCGGUGUUCAAAUAUCGCGCCUACCUUGAGGGCCGUUACAAUGGUCGGAAGGACAUCAACAACCGACUCGUGUUUGCCCACAGUGAUACACAAUACGGCAACAUCCUUCGAGUUCGGCCAGACGAUGAAAAAUCGCCGCUGCUCCAACCCGCCAACCAGCAUAAGCAGCUGAUCGUCAUCGAUUUUGAGUACGCAGGCGCUAAUCUUCCGGGCAUCGAAUUUGCGAACCACUUUACGGAGUGGACGUACAACUACCACGAUGCCGUGACCUCAUACGCCUGUAACGAGCGGCGAUACCCCACCGUGGAGGAGCAGAAGCGAUUUAUCAAGGCCUACGUCGAUCACCGACCCCGAUUCCCCUCGACCACUACCUCUACCCCUCUCAUGGCACCCUCGGACGGAAGCCUCUCGAGUGGCCCCUCGACACCGCUUGUUCAAGCUCAUCCCGGUCCCAGCUCAAACUCCAUUGUCGACUUCAUGCUUGAUGCGCGCGUCCCUCCUGGUGGAUGGACUGCUGCGGAGCGCGCCAAUGAGGAGCAGAGCGACCAGCGCGUGCGAGAGCUUUUGGAGGAGACCAAGCUGUGGCGUCCCGCCAACCAUGCCCAGUGGAUUGCGUGGGGCAUCGUGCAGGCCAAGGUCCCUGGCCUCGAUGAAUCAGUUACAGAAGAGGAUGUGGGUCCGGAUGAGUUUGACUACCUGAGAUAUACCCAGGACCGAGCCAUGUUCUUCUGGGGCGACUGCGUGCAGAUUGGACUUGUCAAGGCUGAGGAGUUACCGAAAGCGCUGCAAUCGCGAUUGAAGAUUGUUGAUUACUAA